ACUGGUGGCCGGAGGAGAAAACGUCCGCGAAGACCUCACUGCUGACCCCUCCCUUGAGAAGGCUCGCGCUCCCGCUGCUCGCGCCUGCGCCGCCUGCCGGCCUCGGGAACGCGCCCUCUCGCUGGUGCGCGGGCUCGCUCUCCGCCACCUACCAGCUCCCGCACCAGCAGCAGCGCAGCCGCCGCCGCCGCCGCCGCCGCCGCCGCCGCCCACCUUCUGCCGCCGCCACCACUGCCACUUUCUCCUCUCUUUCCUCUACUGUCCUCGCCCUCUGUCGACUAUCAGGUGGGCCUUGACCCAGGAUGGCUGAGCCCCGCCAGGAGUUCACUGUGAUGGAAGAUUCUGAUCUCUCCUCCCAGGGGGGCUACACCCUCCUGCAAGACCAAGACGGGGACGUGGACCACGGCCUGAAAGAGUCUCCCCUGCAGACCCCCGCUGAGGAUGGAUCUGAGGAACCGGGCUCUGAAACCUCGGAUGCUAAGAGCACACCAACGGCCGAAGACGUGACAGCGCCCUUAGUGGAUGAGGGAGCCCCCAGCCAGCAGGCGGCCGCUCAGCCCCACACGGAGAUCCCAGAAGGAGCCACAGCUGAGGAAGCAGGCAUUGGAGACACGCCCAACCUGGAGGACCAAGCUGCUGGACACGUAACUCAAGAGAUCAAGGCCUCAGAGCCCCACGGGCCCAGCGCGGGGCCCACGCUGGAAGGGCAGGACACGCCCCCCGAGUUCACCUUCCACGUGGAAAUCAAAGCCAACGUGCAGAAGGAACAGGGACAGGCAGAGCUGGAUUUGGAAGGGACUGCCCUCCCAGGGCCCCCCGGAGAGGAGCAAGAACCCCAGGGCCCUUCUGGGGGAGAGGACACAAAAAAGACUGACCUUCCAGAACCCUCUGGAAAGCAGCCAGCCACUGUUCUGCCAGGGAAGCCCAUCAGCCGGGUCCCUCAACUCAAAGCUCGCAUGGUCAGUAAAAGCAAAGAUGGGACUGGACCCGAGGACAAAAAAGCCAAGACAUCCACACCUUCCUCUGCUAAAACCCCGAAACCUAGGCCUUGCCUUAGCCCCAAACGCCCCACUCCUGGUAGCUCAGACCCUUUGAUCAAACCCUCCAGCCCUGCUGUGUGCCCAGAGUCAUCUUCCUCUCCUAAACACGUCUCUUCUGUCACACCCCGAACUGGCAGUUCUGGAGCAAAGGAGAUGAAAGUCAAGGGGGCGGAUGGUAAGACCGGAACGAAGAUCGCCACCCCGCGGGGAGCGGCCCCUCCAGGCCAGAAGGGCCAGGCCAACGCCACCAGGAUCCCAGCGAAAACCACGCCCUCCCCAAAGACCCCUCCAGGUACUGGUGAAUCGGGGAAAUCCGGGGAUCGUAGCGGCUACAGCAGCCCUGGCUCCCCAGGCACUCCUGGCAGCCGCUCCCGCACCCCGUCCCUGCCAACCCCGCCCACCCGGGAGCCCAAGAAGGUGGCUGUGGUCCGCACGCCACCCAAGUCGCCGUCUUCGGCCAAGAGCCGCCUGCAGACCGCCCCCGUCCCCAUGCCAGACCUGAAGAAUGUCAAAUCCAAGAUUGGCUCCACGGAAAACCUGAAACACCAGCCAGGCGGCGGGAAGGUGCAGAUAAUUAAUAAGAAGCUGGAUCUUAGCAACGUCCAGUCCAAGUGUGGCUCAAAGGAUAAUAUCAAACACGUGCCAGGAGGCGGCAGUGUGCAGAUAGUGUACAAGCCAGUGGACCUGAGCAAGGUGACCUCCAAGUGCGGCUCGUUAGGCAACAUCCAUCAUAAGCCAGGAGGCGGCCAGGUGGAAGUCAAGUCGGAGAAGCUGGACUUCAAGGACAGAGUCCAGUCGAAGAUUGGGUCCCUGGACAACAUCACCCACGUCCCUGGCGGAGGGAAUAAAAAGAUCGAAACCCACAAGCUGACCUUCCGCGAGAACGCCAAAGCCAAGACCGACCACGGGGCGGAGAUCGUGUACAAGUCGCCCGUGGUGUCUGGGGACACAUCUCCGCGGCACCUGAGCAACGUGUCCUCCACGGGCAGCAUCGACAUGGUAGACUCGCCCCAGCUCGCCACGCUAGCCGACGAAGUGUCCGCCUCCCUGGCCAAGCAGGGUUUGUGAUCAGGCCCCCGGGGCGGUCAAUAAUCGUGGAGAGACGAGAGUGUGGAAAAAAAAAGAAUAAUGAUCUGGCCCUUCGCCCUCUGCCCUCCCCCAGCUGCUCCUCACAGACCCGUUAAUCCGUUAAGCACUUAACCUGCUUUUGUCACUCGGCUCUGGCUCGGGACUUCAAAAUCAGUGACGGGAAAAAGAGCAAAUUUCAUCUUUCCAAAUUGAUGGUUGGGCUCAUAAUAAUAAAAUAUUUUUUAAAAACAUUUCAAAAGAUGGCCACACCCGACAUUUCCUUGGGCAAUUCCUUUCGAUUCUUUUUUUUUCCCCUCUGAGUAGAAGAGGGUGGAGAGGCUCUGCAAGCUGCUUCUGGGGCAUCUCGAGGGACUGGGGCGUCCCCUCUCUGCCCCAUCCUGGGGGUGUCACAGAGGCAGCGGCAGCAACAAAGGAUUUGAAACCGGGUUCCAUGUUGGAGCUGUGGACGAUGUCAACCUUGUAGGGGGGGAGGGGAGGGAAGGGGAGCCCCGGGAGAGCCGGUGGGGGGAGGGGGGAGGGCAGAAGGAUGAGCAUGGGAGGGGCUGACAGGGGCUUGGUGGGGAGGAGCCGCUGCCCUCGGCCAGGAAGGGCAGCAGGAAGGACAAACUGCAAACUUGGACCAAGUGGCCUCCUGUGCUUGGUGGCCCCGGGCCUGCUGUGGGUCAGUGCGCCACCCUCUGGAGCAAGACUCCGGUCCUUCCCCUAUACCACGAAGGGACGCUGGUGGGAGGAGGUGGCCAUUUGGCGGGAGGGUGGCACCUUGCGGAUCACUUCCUCGAAGACUGACCUUGAUGUCCCCAGUGCUGGCCUCUUUCUCCCUCCCUGCAGGGUGGGGGUCCUGAGCUGAGGGGCUCCCCUUGGCCCCACGGAAACCCUGUUUUAUUGAGUUCUGAAGGUUGGAACUGCAGCCACGAUUUUGGCCACCUCACCGAUCUGGGACUUUAGGGCUAACCGGUUCUCUUUGUAAGGACUCGUGCCUCCUGGGGGCAUCCGCCUGCUCCCCAGCCUGGGCCUCUGGCAUCUCUGGGUGUGCGGGGCUCCGGUGGGUGGGUCCUGAGCCUCCUGUCCCUCCCACGGCCACUGCAGCCACCUGUCUCCCCCACCCCCCACCACCCGCCAUGCCCGUGUGUCUGCUGUGCAGAGCCCA